AUGGCCGUAGAAGGAAGAGAGAGGAUUUCCAUGGAAUGUUUCCAUCAAAUCACUAAAGGUCUGGGCACCAACCACAGCAUACAAUUGAGUUCCAUGCAGGUGAUGAACAAGACCCGGCGCAUCAUGGAGCAGGGCGGGGCGCACUUCAUCAACGCCUUCGUGACCACGCCUAUGUGCUGCCCCUCGCGCUCCUCCAUCCUCACCGGCAAGUACGUCCAUAACCACAACACCUACACCAACAACGAGAACUGCUCCUCGCCCUCCUGGCAGGCGCAGCAUGAGAGCCGCACCUUCGCCGUGUACCUCAAUAGCACCGGCUACCGGACAGCCAGGGCCACUGCGGCCCAAAAAAGAGACCUGCCCAGAGGUGAGGUGUUUGUGGCAUAAUCAAAAUGGAAUGCAAGAUCAUGGGAACUCAGAGGGGGCAUGGAAAUCGUAUUCAUCAGACUGAAAGGAAGCUCACAUAUUCUGUGACAUUCUGAGGGCCAAGGGUGGGAGCUUAAGGCUAGUGUUCCAAAAUCUUAGAGACAACAUGAGAAAACAAACUAUCUGAAGAAUACACAUUCUCUAAAGUGGAUUUCCCAAACUUGUCCUUGAAUGUACGGAAGUCACCAAAAAGCUGUCUCCCUAAAGAAGUGCUUUUAUUCAACUAUGCUUCAUUAUUAUACCCUCAUGAAGACUGGGAGCAUAAUGUCAAGUGUAAAG